AUGUUCAAGGCUUGUAUAGCUGUGGCUAUACUAGCAUGUGUGCUAGUUUACUGUAAGUUGUAGUGUAUAUACUUAGUUAUAUGUAUAUGCUUAAAUCUAUAUAAUAAGGUAUUUGUAAAGGUUUUAUCAUUAAGUUUAAUAUGUAUUGUAGCUCAUUUGAUACUGUCAUUAAAAAACACAAAAUUUUACAUUUAGCGCAUCCAAGCGGCGGCAAGAGCAGUAGCCACGAGAGCGAAGGUCAGGGAGGCAAAGGAAGUUCUGGACACAGCUCAAGCGAAAACUCAGGUCACGGUUCAAGCGGCAGUUCUGGCCAUAGUUCCAGCGGCAACUCAGGACACAGCUCAGGCGGCAGCUCAGGUCACGGUUCAAGCGGCCACUCAGGACACAGCUCUGGAGGUAGCGCAGGCAAAGGAUCAAGCGGCAGUUCUGGCCACAACUCCGGCGGCAGCGGAGGUAAAGGCUCAAGCGGUAGCUCCGGCCACAGCUCUGGCGGUAGUUCAGGCCACAGCUCGGGAGGCAGCGGAGGCAAAGGCUCAAGCGGCAGCUCAGGAAACAGCUCCGGCGGCAGCGGCGGUAAAGGUUCAAGCGGCAGCUCAGGACACAGCUCAGGCGGCGGCGGAGGUAAAGGCGGCAGCAGCGGUGGCAGCAUCCCCGCAACCCCCAUCAACCACUUCCCAUGGCCUGGAUGGGUCAAGAACAACAAAACGUGUAAUGGCUCAAUUUCGUCAUGGACUAGCGACACCAGCUUCACUAAAAUCCCAGUAUACAUGUUCUUCCAUAUGAAGUUUGUCCAAAACGUUACUGGAGAUGGUAGGCUUGUAAUUACACUUACAUUAACCUCCUUCUUCCUUUUCAGAAUGCAUUCCCGACUUCACCGCAACAAAACCAAGCUUCUGGCAAAAGAGCUGGCCCUGGCCAUGGCCAUGCCUUUUGUUCCCCAUUCCACCAGUCAAGAACGGAACCACAACCAUUGGCACUUCAACCUCCACGACUGCUUCCACCACCACAAUCGCUUCAACAACCACACCCACCACCACCACAACAGCUGCCGACACGGCUGAAACCAGCGGUUUGGCUGACUACGGACAAGUUUACAACAACUGUGACAACCCUCUGGCCUCAACCCGUGAUGGUUUCAGUUGCCCAACCACCGUUGGUGGCGAAGAAGUUGUCAACGAUCCAGUCGACUUUGAAGACACCAGUGACGAGGCUAGCCCAGCAAUUUUGAACGCUCAAGUCUUGACCGUCUUCCAAGGUACCACUUCAACCGCCGAUGACAUUAGCAACAACUACUGUGUACCAUUGGUUGUGUCAUACUACUACGAGAAGUACGGAGACUACCACCCCAACGCCCUCUGCAACAACGGCGACCACUCCACUCGCUCCGUUUGA